CGGUUGGGUUUUGCAUUUCGUUUAUAUGUCAAAAAACAAGAAACUUGAAAAUAUACAGUUGCAAAGCGUUGUUUUAUAAAUUUCUUUUGUUAAACAAAACUUUUUAUUUCUCUUUCAAUAAAUUAAUUAAAUUCAUUUUGAAACUAAUAAAUAAUCAAUAACAAACCAACUUACACAAAAUCUCACAAUAACUCAUCCAAUCAAUUGAGUAAACUGCGUGUUAUUUUGUUUUUCCUCGAUUUGCAAUUAAACAAAAAAAAAAAAAAAACAUCUGUCGGCUUAUCCUUGAACAAGAAUUUAGCAAGACGCUGUUCAAAGAUGAAUCCUAAGGAAAUAUAUUAUUCAGAUAAAUAUUACGAUGAUGAGUUUGAAUACAGGCACGUUGUCCUGCCCAAGGAACUUGUUAAACUUGUCCCAAAGACACAUCUCAUGUCGGAGAAUGAAUGGCGAGCAAUUGGAGUGCAACAAUCCCGCGGAUGGGUGCAUUAUAUGAUACACAAACCCGAGCCCCAUAUUCUGCUAUUCCGCAGGCCAAUCGAAACAAAAUAAACCCAAUUCCAAUCCAAUGCCAUUGAAUUAAUCUUCGGAGAAAAGGAAGUAAGCAAGGUCGCAAAGAAUCAAGAAAGCGGUGUUCUCCGAAUUGUAAAUAAUUUUUUAUACAAACCAUCGGCUAUCUCGUUAAAAAAAAAGAAUGUAAUACGCAGAAGGACAAAUCAUGUAUCAUUUCUCUCGCUUUUAAUUUUUUGAUUUAAGUUCAGUCACAUUUUUUUUUUUAAUAUUAUUUAAAGAAUGUAAGGUGCACAAGGAAUAGCAAUUUAAACUUCUUGCUUUUUGGGUGCCAUACAUUUUUAUUAUUAUUUCGUUAAGUUGCCUUACAAACAAAAAAUACUACUAAAUACCUUUAUACCUAAAAUAAGCAUUAUUUGUCGACCUUCUCUCUAAUUUGUGUCGAAUCGAUCGAUUUUCUUCGUUUGUGUGAGAUUUGCUCGGUUCACUUUUGUAUGUGAUUUUAUAUUGUUACCUUCAAAACAAGAUACUGUAUUUUUAAGAACAAACAAAAAAAAAUAAAGAAUUUAAAAAUGAAAA